AUGCCAUCAUCGGCUCUGGGAUGUGCCACGUCUCGCCGGGGCCGUGGUCGCAGUGGCCGAGCCAGAGGACGAUCACACGCUGGCACAUCUCGGAAUCGACAGGGUAUCCAGCCCUCUCGAUAUUCGCGCAAUGGGAGAAAUUCCUCUGCGACUCCAUCCCAGGCUGCCUCCAACGACCGCUCAACACCUAUUCGUGCGACUCUCUCCCCUCAGAGCGAAGGAGUUUACCUUGACGUGCCCCGGGACGACGACUUCCUGGAGCAGGUGAUCGUGGCCGUCGACAUCAAGGGCCGAGGUGAAAUAGGCUGUGCGUACUACAUCGCGGGCGAGGAGAGACUUUUGUGCAUGGAAGAGGUCAUGGGUGGUGCCGCCGACGUCGUUGACAAAUUGAAACUGGACCUUCAGCCCACUAGAGUCAUCCUCUCCCUCCGCUCAGAAGCUACUGCGGCCUCCGCCGAUGCUCGGUUACGCCAAAACGUAUCGCUGGUGGACGGUGAUGGCGAUCGACAACCUCUGCCGUAUCAAAUUGAGAUACGCCCGACACCGGAAUUCAACUAUGAGGACGCUCUGAACAAGUUGGUCGGACUCUGCUCCUUUGCCGACAAUCCCUCGACUCAAUUCCUCGUCCCGGGCGACUCCGUGGUGUACGACGAAAGGCUGCCGCCAGAAGAGCUCGGGCUGACCAAGAGACGAGGAAAGCUGAUGCAGAUAUCUUCGUGGUUGGAUCUCGACAACAGAAUCAGCAUCGGCUGUGCGGGUGCCAUCGUAUCUUGCUUGCAGCGAAGACGAUCGGCCGCCUACCUGCCCGGAGAUCCAGACGCCAACCACACCUUCCGUAUCGCCCGACUUGAAAUGUUCAACCUCCGGGGGACCAUGCUCGUGAACAAUGAUACCCUAGUCUCGUUGCAAAUUAUCCAGCCCGAGUCUCAUCCCAACGCAUUCAACCAAGGGCCUGGCGCCUCCGGGGCGAAGGAAUCGCUCUCAAUCUACGGCCUCUUCCAGCACCAUGCCCGAACACCACAAGGCAAGAGCCGCCUUCGGGAGGCUUUCCUGCGACCGUCCCUUGACAUGGAGCUGAUCAACAGCCGCCUCGACUUCAUUUCCGUCUUCGUCCGGCCAGAGAAUCAAUCUGUGCGUGAACAACUCAGCAAGAGCCUCGGGCGGAUCAAGAAUAUGCGGAACACCGUCACUCUGCUGCACAAGGGCAUUGACGCCGGUAAGUCCAAGCAGAACGCGUUCAAGGGCAGCGUUUGGGAGUCCCUUCUGGGUUUCUGCUACCACGCCAUCGACGUUGCAGAGACGCUCCGAGAGGCCCUGGGCGCCGGGCACCUGCCCCUGUGCGUCCGUGCCGCCGAGGCACUCGACCGCUAUGGCCUCAAGAGGAUCGGCCGCAUGGUCAACGAGGUCGUGGACCGCGAAUCGUCGAUUGACCAGCACCGCACGGUGGUGAACCGCGGCGUCAACGAAGACCUGGACCAGUUGAAAGAUGUCUACAACGGCAUGGAAGAGAUCUUGGACGAAAAGGCUCGCGACAUCCAGCUGCUGAUCCCGCGAGAGUUCAAUGUCGAAUUGAACGUCACCUACCUGCCACAUCUGGGGUUCCACCUGACCAUCCCCCGGGAUCCAGCAACCGGCCGGGCGAUGUACGAUGGGCAAGAACUGGCGUGGCAGCUCAUGUUCACCACGCCAGCCCAGGCCUACUACAAGGACGCCACGAUGCACGAGAUGGACCAUGAACUGGGCGAUCUGUACUCUGCGAUCUGCGACAUGGAGGUCGAAAUUGCCUACGACUUGGCUCAGAACGUGCUCCAGGACGAAGGUCUUCUGACCGCGGCGUCUGAUAUUUGCGGUGAACUGGACUGCUCGUUGGCCUUUGCCCACGUCGCGCACCAAUAUCACCUGAGCCGGCCCACGAUUACGGAGGACAACAUCAUCGAGAUCAAGGGCGGCAGACAUCUGUUGCAAGAGAUGACCGUGCCCUCGUUUGUGCCCAAUGACACCUAUCUCGUGGGAGGGAAUGGAGAAACCGAUCCGGCAGGACCAAGCAUGAUAUUGUUGCCCUGGCAGUAUACAUGGCCAGAUGGUUCAUUCCUCCCCGCCGAGUCCGCAACCAUCGGCAUCACGGACAAGAUCCUCACGCGCAUCGCAGCUCGAGAGACCGUGUCCAAAGUCCAGUCGGCCUUCAUGAUCGAGAUGCAGCAGAUUGCCAUCGCUCUGAAUUCCUGCACCCGACGAAGCCUACUGGUGAUUGAUGAGUUCGGGAAAGGCACGGACACAUUUGACGGGGCCGGCCUCGCGGCAGGAGUGUUCCAUCACCUGCUUGCCCUGGGACCUCAAGCUCCGAAGACGCUGGUUGCGACACACUUUCACGAGAUCUUCGAGUUGGGACUCUUCCGCGCAGUACGGAAUGUUGCUUUUGCACAUAUGGAGGUUCAACUCGAUGAAAGAGAUAGCCCUGGUGUCGGCGAGGCCAACAGCCAGGUUACCUAUCUAUUUAAUCUUCGCCCGGGCCGCAGUAGUUUGUCCUACGGCGUCCAGUGCGCUGCGUUGAACGGCGUCCCGGCAGAGAUUGUCGACCGAGCAGUCGCAAUCGCUCGAUUGGCGCAACAGGGAGAGGACCUUGUAGCGAUAUGUUCGGCCAUGAACGAGGAUGAAGUUGAAAAGUUGCGGAGCGCGGAGCGGGCGUCCCGGAUGUUUCUGGGUGAGGACUAUGAACGCGACUGGACGACGGAGGAACUGGUGUCUUCUUUGAAUGCCAUGCUAGAGGUCGACAGAGACCCAGAGGAGACGACUGUGUCGGAAUGA